AUGGUGCCCCAACAGUACUGCCUCAGGUGGAAGCACCACCACACCAAUGUCCAGAACAUGUUCGCGCAGCUGUUGGAAAAAGAGCGUUUCUGCGACGUGACUCUUUACUGUUCGCCGAGCUUCGCCACUCAGGUCACCAACAAGGACACGGUCGAGCCGCAGAAAAUACGCGGGGUAUCGCUCAGGGCGCACAGAGUCGUGCUAGCAGCAUGUUCGGAACUCCUCGGCGCACUGCUGGGAGCCCACGAAGCGCACGGGGAGCCUGUGCUGGUCAUAGAUGGCGCGGAACCCCGACACCUGCGAGCGCUCCUGGACUACAUGUACACCGGCGAGAUGAGUGUGCACCAUUCUCAACUGGCGAGUCUACUGAAGACGGCAGAAGAGCUCCGCAUCAAGGGCUUGACGGAUAUACGGUGGAACAAUAAGGACGAGCCUCCCGACUGUGAGACAGGCGCCGUGACGGCAACCUCAGCGAACCAGGAAAAGAAACCUGCCACGGAACAAAGGCUACCCGAACCCAAACCCGCGGUGGAGACAAAGCCACCCGAGACCAGACCGAGCGCGGAGACCAAGCCGGAGACGAUAUCGGACAGUAGAACGCACACAAAACGGGAUACGGAGACCAGUGAUGUGGAAACUAAGCCAACGGAAAAGUUUAAUAUAAAUGGUGGGCCUCCGCCGCUAAUAAAGCUUCCCAUUAAAGAGAAAUCCAGUCCAGUGAAAAGGGAAAACUCCGACUCUGACAGCCCGAGUCCGAAGAGGCAGCGUGUACCAAGCGGCACGGAGAACACUGACGACGAGUUGCAAACACCGAAACUAGAACAUGAAUGGCAGCAUGGGAACUUGGAUAUAUCUGCGGAGCGUGUAGUUGGGUGGGGAGGCUGCAAAUCGGGCAACUGGUCGCGAGGCGAGUCGGACGACGAGUGGGCCGACACGCCGGCCGACAUUGGAUCAUUUCUCACUACGAGGCUACGGGUCGAUGGCGACAACAGCGCUGACGAGGAAUCCGACGACAGCACGGCGGGCGGCUCCAGCUCGAACGCCACGAAUUCGGCGUCCGCAGCUCCUGUGCCCACCGGGGAGCCCUACACGCUUAUACCGGGCGUUGGUCCAAAGUCGUCGCAGGUUGACCCUCGCUUCACGGACGUGGUGAAACUGAACGACUACCUCCAGCACGGCAGGCGACCGCAGUUCUGGGAGGAGAAUUACGUCAAACGGGUGAUGGAGGCGGUGCGCCUCAAGGAGUUGGAGAUGAAGCAAGCGGCGGAGAUCCUGGGCGUCAGCUACGGGACGCUGUACGGCCGCUACCGGGACGUGUACGGCUGCAUCAACAGGCCAUACCGGUAUACACCUGCAUUACACCUGGAGACCAGUCCUAGAAGUACUGCGCGGGAUUUCUGGCAAGCGAAAGGUCCUUCGGAAGUGCUGGAGCGCCUUCAGCGCGGCGAGCUGACGCUGGAGGCGGCCUCGCUGGCGCUGGGCGUCAGUCCUGCCAACCUCGCGGCCUAUGUCGCUGACCUCGCCGAAAGUAAAGAGUUCGAGCCGAUACCGAUAGAGAUCGACCCGUCGUUGAAAAUGCGUCCACGUACGUUCAGCGGCGGGGCCGCGGCACCGAAACCUGUUAGGAAACCUGUACCACAACCUCACGAAAAGACAAAAAAGGUGUUGAUAGGCAGUAUGACGGACGAGGACCCGAUCCCAGCCACGGUGAUCACCACCCACGAUACAAAGAACCAGUUCAGUGCCUCGCAAUCGGUUGCUGCCAGUGGCAAAUGGCCCAGUAUUCGCGUGGCGUCACUUGAGUCGCUCCGGGACGCGUCUGGGUCGAGUUCCGGUUCGGUGUCGGGCAUUGGUCCGGUGCCGGGCUCCGGUUAA